AUGGAGUGGGAGGUCGACAAGAGAGAAAUGAAAGCCAUCGGAGCUGAGCUGCUACUGAACGGAUGGCGCGGAGUGAACCCGCUUGAGCUCGAAAGUUCGAUUGAAGGUCUUGCACUGCUCCAAAGAAAGUUGCAGGCAGUGGUAGCGGAAAAACUAAAACAAAGGCACAUGAUUCAGGAAAGAAAAGAAGUGUUGCAAAAACUGGGAGUAGCUCACAACCAAUUAUUGGAUCUGGAAGUAGCAGCUCACAACCAACCAGCAGCUCACAACCCACCAGCAGCUCACAACCAACCAAAGGGAAUACAAGCAGCUCACAGCAAAUUAAAGGGAGUAGCUUACAACCAACCAAAGGGAACAAAAGCAGCUCGUAGCCAUAAAAGAAAGGACAUAGCUCUAGGUCCCAAAGGCAUUGGGAUGAUUGCAAGGUCGAAGAUGAAGAAGAAUGACAAGAAUCCCAGUGAUGAAAAUGGGAAAGGCAGCUCUAAGGGAGGUGAGUGGAGCAUGUUUUGA